UAGACGUACACUUUCUAUUUUCUACUCUUCAGAAAAAAGAGAGAACAACAAUACACUCUCUCUCUCAGAACCAGCGUCGAGCACGGAUCGACCUCACCGGACUAUACAACGGUGCUUCCGAGCUCCAGCUUGAGAGGGUUAACGCGUCUACUACAACGAAGCCAGCGGCGGGAGGUAUGUUCCACGCGCGCCGUCCUCAUGGAUCUGGAGCCUGGGACCAUGGACAGCGUCAGAUCUGGACACUGCGGUCAGAUCUUCCGCCCCGAUAAUUUUGUCUUCGGUCAGUCUGGUGCUGGAAACAACCGGGCAAAUCGUCAGUACACCGAGGGGGCUGAGUUUGAUCUAUUCGGUUCUCGAUGUGGUGCGAAAGGAGGCGGAGAACUGUGGCUGUUGCAAGUUUGUAGGAAGAUGACAUUUUGGUUUCAAAGAAUCACUGGAGUUAGCUUGUGCAGAGGUAUUGGAAGCAUGUGGUUGAAAACAGACUUAGAAAUUGUGGUGGAAUCAGAUGCAGAAAGCUUAAGUUCAAGGCUGUCUACAGAGGCAGAAUUAAAUUAAGGGGAUGAUUCAUGUGUAGUACUAAAAUGGAGUUUGGAUAGAGAUUGCAAUGGUUAAGUUGAAGGCUGCCAAAUUUGGUUUGGUGAGCCACUACUUCAGUAGUGGAUCUU